UGUCAAAGUCAAACAACUGUCAACUGUAAACAAAACGAUCAGCUGUGCUGUUUCGAAAGAUAACCUUAAAAAUAACCAAAUCAAAAUAAAUAUUUUAAAUUAUUUAAUUCUGAAAUAAAACAAAGGAACAUAAAUGUGUGAAUAAUACACCGACUGCUGAAAUUGGUAACAAGUCUAUUCAAGUAGAACAAACAUGAAUUGUUUACGGUUAGUGCAACUAGCAGGAAGACAGCAUAUCAGAACAUUUGAGAUAAUAUCCUCAAGAUGUAUCACAAACCACCCGAUCCGAUUCAUGGAAACUGAGAAAUUGUGGAGAGAUAGAGACAACGUAUCAAGACGAUGGCAGUUGAUUUAUAAAGCACCAAUGGACACAGCUCUCAAAUUCGCCACUACAUACUUGACCAUAUCCACUAGUAUUAUAAGUGUCGGUACACUGUACUAUUCGGCAUUUGUAUUCGAUAUAGAUGACAUGUACAACCCUGUAGUGAUUGGGGAUGAUAUAGUGAUUGCUAACAGUCCUGUUGAAUGUUUCGUAUACCUCGCGUCAUUCAUUGCCUUACAUGUUGCGAUAAAAGUAUUGCUAUCCAAAUACGUAAUCAGGCUGUACCAAGAUGGUGAUGAGUAUUUAGCCAUUUUCAGGGGCAACUUUUUCAAUUCAAUUAAUAAACACAAAUUCUUCUUGAAUGAUUUUAAAAAAUUAAAGCCUACAUUAGUUGUGUCUUGGGGUGAUGCCAGGUUUGAUCUUGGUAAUAAGCAUGGUAUUAUACUAGAAAACUAUUUCAAGACUCCUGAACAUUUCAACUAUUUGUUGAACAAGAAGCGAACUGACAGACCUGACACUGAAUGAAUAAUUAUGGCUGACAUACAUUACAUUUUAUAUGUUUUAUUUAUAGUUUAGUUCUUACAUUGUAAGAUAUUGUUGAUUAAAUGCUUUAAGAUGGAAA